UUGUUUGUGUUGUGUGGUACAACGACAGCAUGAGGAAGCCCGAGUCUGGAAAAAACAACACCAACAACAACAAUAACAAGCUUAGGAAGGGGCUGUGGUCACCGGAAGAAGAUGACAAGCUCAUGAACUACAUGCUAAGCAAUGGACAAGGUUGUUGGAGUGAUGUCGCCAGGAAUGCUGGCUUGCAAAGAUGUGGCAAAAGUUGUCGCCUUCGCUGGAUCAAUUACUUGAGGCCUGAUCUUAAGCGCGGUGCUUUCUCUCCCCAGGAAGAAGAACUUAUCAUCCAUCUUCAUUCCCUUCUCGGCAACAGAUGGUCCCAAAUAGCGGCGCGCUUGCCCGGACGAACCGACAACGAAAUCAAGAAUUUCUGGAAUUCCACAAUAAAGAAAAGGCUCAAGCUCAUGUCUUCCACCACCGCAACCUCACAUAAUGCAAGCGAGUCGUCUUCCUUGUUGUCUGAGCCUAAUAUUAAAGACCUCAACAAUGUCAUGGGAGGUUUCAUGCCUAUGUUCAACAACAACAACAACAUAAUUGAGAGGUUGCCCAUGCUUGAGCGUGGACUAAACGCGCAGGCAGCUUCUGACGGAUUCUUCAACACUAAUGGAGGGCCUUGCUUCACACAAAAUGGGGUUAGCCACAACAUUAAUAAUGGUUUUUAUGUAGAAAAUGGAGUGUUUGGGAUCGGGAGUGUAAAUAUUGGAGCAGAAGGGGAGCUGUUUGUGCCUCCUCUCGAGAGUGUUAACACUAUAACUGAUAAUCUGCAGAAACUGGAGAAUAGAGACACUAACGCUAAUAGUUACUUUGACAACAUAAACAGCAUCGUCAAUAACUGCAACAUUAGCUGCAGCAACAAUAAUAGGGCUGAGAAUAGAGGUGGCGUGGAGAAUCUAUUUCAGGAGGAGUUAACUUUGGGAGAGUGGGACUUAGAGGACUUGAUGAAAGAUGUCUCAUCCUUUCCCUUACUUGAUUUUUCAAGCUGAUGAUCAAUAACUCCAUAUCCCUUAGAAGUUUGCUCGUCAUUGGAACAACUUCAAAACUACCACCCCCUUAAUCAGCAUCUCAUAGUGGCAUGGACAGAUCUCUCCUUAAACCUUGUAAUGUUUGUGUUUUUGGCCAAUGUCGUCAUCAGGCUCAGAUCAGAUUCAAAGAUUACUAGUUCGGUAGCUAGGUCUGAAAUAAAGGUCGUAUUAUCAUACCUGGGUAUUUACGGUGAUCAUAUUUGUGUAUAAUCAUAGAGCAUUUAAUCCCAGGUAACGCUGUAUCUCGGAAUCCAUCCAGUGUAGUUACAAUAAUCUGUCAUAUAUACUUGUGAAUACAAAUAGUCAUACAUUAUGUUUUUGGUCAGCUUAAUUCUGUGAUAUAUUAUAACAGCGGACGGAAGUUGUAUAAAACAAUGUUGGGACAUGUGUGUUACGUA